AGGAGGAAAGAAAAAACUGUAGUUAGAUUAAAUCCUAAACAAAACCUAACCACAUCGAAGGCUCGUCCUCAGAACAGGGAUAAGUUGAUUUUAAGUGAAAGAAGAAGCAUAAUUGAUUCAUUCAUAAUUUCAUAUUGGGAUCAGGUAAGUGAUGGGGAUCAGAUUCAUACUAAUGGUGAAUAAGCAAGGACAAACACGUCUUGCACAGUAUUACGAAUACCUAACCAUUGAUGAAAGACGUGCCCUUGAGGGUGAAAUUGUUCGCAAAUGUCUUGCCCGCAACGAACAACAGUGUUCGUUCGUGGAGCAUCGUAACUACAAAAUUGUGUACAGGCGAUAUGCAUCGCUCUUUUUCCUAGUUGGAGUUGAUAAUGAAGAAAAUGAACUAGCUAUUUUGGAAUUCAUUCACCUCUUGGUAGAAACCAUGGAUCGUCAUUUUGGCAAUGUGUGCGAGCUAGAUAUCAUGUUUCAUCUUGAGAAAGCACACUUUAUGCUGGAGGAGAUGGUGAUGAAUGGGUGUAUUGUCGAGACAAGCAAGGCCAAUAUUCUGACUCCAAUUCAACUGAUGGACAAAGCAUCAUAAGUAAUCUACUCUUACGCGCAAAAGGUUUCGAAGCAUCAUGAGAUUCAUGACCCUUUCGUUUCGUGAAGUGUCCCUUCUUCUUGUUUGUAUGAGUAAAACAAUCUUUAUUUCCGUUACAAUUCUAAGCAUCUAUUUUGACAAUAUAUAAGGACAAAGUGCUUUGGUUUCUAUACUUGUUGGACAUGGAGUUCUUGAUAGUAUGCUGCUGGCUGUUGUUGUUGU